GGCGCAUGCUCAGUCUCUGGUCACGUGAUGCCUGUCAUGGCCGCCUCGGUGGCCUGGGGAGGUGUGAAUGCUGGGUUCCUGCUGCGGGCUGCCAGGGGUGCCUGGUGGAGCCGACCUGGGAGCUUUUGGGGGUCUGGGGAGGCGGCGGCGCCAGCGAUAGCCAGGAAAUUCCAGGCGACAGGCUCGCGCCCGGCGGGGGAGGAAGAAGCCGGCGGCCCCGAGCGGCCCGGGGACGUGGUGAACGUGGUGUUCGUGGACCGGUCAGGCCAACGGAUUCCGUCCUUCUCUGAAUGGCGCUUGCCCAAGCAUGGUCCCUCACCAACGGUCCCUCACUUGCCGCCCCCAGGGGCCUGUGAAGCUUCCUUGGCGUGCUCCACCUGCCACGUGUAUGUGAGUGAAGACCACCUGGACCUUCUGCCGCCUCCUGAUGAGAGGGAGGACGACAUGCUGGAUAUGGCCCCCCUCCUCCAAGAGAACUCCCGGCUGGGUUGCCAGAUCGUGCUGACGCCUGAACUGGAAGGGGCCGAAUUCACCCUGCCCAAGAUCACCAGAAACUUCUAUGUGGAUGGCCACGUCCCCAAGCCCCACUGACACGGGCAGCUGGACGGUCCCAGGCACUGACGGCCCCAGGGCCAGGACUGGAAGAACAUAGCCAAGAUGCCAGCCCAGCCCAGAGCGCGGACAGAUCCGAGAGAGAUGGCGGAAGCACCCAGAAAGUCAAAACCCUGGCUUCAGAGAGAUCCCAUGUCCCAGCUCUGGUGGGGCCAGGUCCCCUAUUGGGGCCGCCUCAACCAAGCUCCUGAGAAUGGCGGUGUGGAUAGGGGUGGAAUCUAAUUGGAGCGAUAAUAAAACUGUCUCACAGAUAA